GUGACGGCUACAGAUGGCAUCAUGAUGAGAUCAGAUUCCAAUGAUGAUGAUGUCUCCCUGUUCGAUGCAGAGGAGGACGCAGGGAGGAAGUCAAAGAAAACUAAUAUCAAACAUCCAGUGGCGUCUUUCUUUCACCUCUUUUUUCGAGUUAGUGCUAUCAUUGUGUACCUGUUAUGUGAGUUUUUGAGUAGCAGUUUCAUCGCCUGCAUGGUCACUAUAAUACUCCUGCUGUCAUGUGACUUCUGGACUGUAAAGAACAUCACUGGUAGGUUGAUGGUCGGUCUAAGAUGGUGGAACCAGGUGGACGAUGAUGGACAGAGCCAUUGGGUGUUUGAGUCCAGAAAGGGGACCGGAAAGCAACAGGCCUCGAAUUCUGAGUCACGCGUCUUCUGGCUCGGACUGAUUGUGUGUCCCGUCCUCUGGGUUAUUUUUGCCUUCAGCACCCUCUUGUCUUUCAAAAUUAAGUGGUUGGCUGUGGUGAUUAUGGGCGUAGUAUUGCAAGGGGCCAACCUGUAUGGAUAUGUGCGCUGUAAAGUGGGAGGCAAGACCAGCUUAAAGAAUAUGGCUACUAACUAUUUUGGGCGACAGUUCCUCAAACAGGCCCUUUCUAAAGAAGAAGAAACCUAGAGGGAAGUUUCAAACUGACUUUCGAGUUUGCAUUAUUCUUAAUGCAGUAGUAGAUUGACCUCGAUCAGCAGAUUGAUUCAUAGACAGUUUUUGCAAUUCAUACAAAUAAAAUUUUUAGAGUUUUAUGUUUUUAGUGUGAUACCUAAUAUAUCCCCAAAGCCCCCUUGCCCCCUUUACUUGAGUCCCUCCACAAAGAGGUCAAAGUGCGGGGUAGGUUACAGAAGCUAGGCCCUCAGCUGUUAGGGACUCCUCAGGACCCUUCAGAUAUGUGGAUCCUUGUGGGCACAGUCACGGAUUUUCUGCUUUGAUGACGGUCUCCUUACUCACUUUGCACCCUGAUUCCCAGCUUGUUGUUUUUUAUGAAAAAAAAAAGAACUUUACACAAAGUUUUCUUUCUUUUUCUCCAUUGCCUGCUAACUUUAUUCUUGUUUCAAUGAAAAUGGUGAUCUUGAAAGAUGUUGUACAAACGUUGUUUGUAUGAUAUAGAUGAUUGUAAAAAGUGUAAAGCAUCCAUACUUUUGUAAAUAUUUGUGUAAAGAAACUACGUGGAACAUCUUUUUUUUUUGU